GGAAGCCUCUACGAAAAUGUCUCUAUCUCGUGAAAUGAUGAGAGCCGCAUUUGGUGGUGUAGUGAUUUGCGUUGCAGGUUAUGGGAUCAUGAAAGCCACGAGACCGACCGACAAAGAUUUUUACGAUAGCCUUUCACCAGCUUUGAAGAAACGUGUUGAUGCACAAAGAUCACAAGAUGAUCGUCAUAAAGCAUAUGCGGAGCAGUUGAGGAGAGCACAAGAAGAGGAAGAAUCGCCACUGGGAGCAAAGAAGUCGUAGAGCAGCUCGAAUAGGCUUUUAUCAUGUACUAGUAUCAACAAAAUUUGCAAAUCUAUUUACACAACUCACACAAAACGGUAUCCUUCCAAAAAGUACACGAUAGAUUGCGAUGAGAUAAAUAUAGUACAAUAAAGAGAGAAUAUGAACGGGAUGCAGGAACGCAAUCAGAGUAUUCCCGCCUGGUUCUUCCAUGCAGAAAGUGAAUCUUUGACAAAUCGCUCCAGCCGAUUG